AUGAACAGUGUCGAGAUGAACAGUGUCGAGAUAAACCAGCAGCGCUGGUGGUCACGGUGGUCACUGUGGUCACUGUGGUCAAAUUUGUCACUGUGGUCAGAGAGGUCACAACAGCUUGAUGACCAAAACAAGAAGACAAACAUGGAUCAGCAGCAGAGCCACAAACAGCAACAAAACAGUCACAAGUUAAGGCAGAAAUCUGAAUUCCUCAAACAAAGUGAUGAUGAGGAAAAGCAGCUAAAAGAGCACGAGGAGCCCCGGGAGAAGAGGCAGUUGAAGUGUCAGCAGAGUGAACUGUCAGUGUCAACUGUCGAGACGAACCAGCAGCGCUGGUGGUCACGGUGGUCACUGUGGUCACUGUGGUCACUGUGGUCACUGUGGUCACAUUUGUCACUGUGGUCAGAGAGGUCACAGCGGCUUGAUGAACAAAACAAGAAGACAAACAUGGAUGAGGAGCAGAGCCACAAACAGAGUCACGAGUUAAGGCAGAAAUCUGAAUUCCUCAAACAAAGUGAUGAUGAGGAAAAGCAGCUAAAAGAGCACGAGGAGCCCCGGGAGAAGAGGCAGUUGAAGUGUCAGCAGAGUGAACUGUCAGUGUCAACUGUCGAGACGAACCAGCAGCGCUGGUGGUCACUGUGGUCACUGUGGUCACUGUGGUCACAGAGGUCACAGCGGCUUGAUGAACAAAACAAGAAGACAAACAUGGUUGAGGAGCAGAUCUACAAACAGCGACAACAGUUAAGGCAGAUAUCUAAAGUCCUCAAACAACAUGAUAAGAUAAAGGAGCUAAAAGAGUACGUGAAGGGCCAGGGAAGGAUGAUAAAUGAGCUCAUGGCACGCCAGGAAGAGAUUGUAAAAGAGGUCAAGGAGUACAAGGAAAAGCUGCUAAAAGACAGCAAGGAGCGCCAGGAAGAGCUGCUAAAAGAGGUCAAGGAGUACAAGGAAAAGCUGCUAAAAGACAGCGAGGAGCUCCGGGAGAAGAGGCGGUUGAAGUGUCAGCAGUGUGAACUGUCAGUGUCAACUGUCAAGACGAACACUGUCAAGACGAACACUGUCAAGAGGAACACUGUCAAGAGGAACAGGCAGCGCUGGUGGUCACGGUGGCUUCAUCACCAAAACAAGGACACAAACAUGGAUCAGGAGCAGAGCCACAAAUAG